AUGUCCAAUAGUGCCCGUCCGGCCUCGGGCGGUGGUGGCAUCCGGGGCUUCUUCUCCAAGCUGCGCAAGCCCUCCGAUCUCACCAUGAACGGCCAGGUCCAGAUUGGGGAUCGGACGUACGAUGCGCAGGAGUUGCAGAAGCUCGUUCCCCAGCUCGAGGAAGCCGUCGAGAAGCGUGAUCGGCAGCUCAGACAGCAGCAGAAUGUCGUCGACUCUCACCUGAAACGGAUCGCCGAGUUAGAGGGCGAAGUCACCACCCUGCAGAGAGAAUGCGACAAGCUACGAUCAGUCCUCGAACAAAAGGCCACCUCUGCUGCCAGUCCGGCCCCGGCGGGCCCGAAUUCUCCAAAGGAAAACGACACCGAGAUCCAGCCAUCGGAAGGGAUGUUCCGCGAGGAGAGCAGCGCCGGACGUGCCAAGAAGAUGGCCGUGUCGGCCGAGCCGUCGUCGAACAAGGCCGACCAGCAUAAGACCACCCUUCAACACCACAGCAAGACUGCCGGCUCGAAACAGCUGAUCCGCGACUCUGUGCAGAAGAACGACUUCCUGAAGCAGUUGGCCAAGGAGCAGAUCAUCGAGCUCGUGGAAUGUAUGUACGAGAUGAGGGCCCGCGCCGGCCAAUGGGUCAUCCAGGAAGGCGAGCCCGGAGAUCGGCUCUUUGUUGUGGCUGAGGGCCAGCUACAAGUCUCACGCGAAGGCCAGCCGCUCGGUCUGAUGGGUGCCGGCAGCGUGAUGGGCGAAUUGGCUAUUCUCUACAAUUGCACCAGAACGGCCUCGGUUCAAGCCGUGUCCGACGUGGUGCUAUGGGUGCUCGAUCGGUCCGUAUUCCAGAUGAUCACGAUGCGGCUGGGGAUGGAGAGGCACCAACAGCUGAUGCACUUCCUCGAGAGGGUCUCCAUCUUCUCCAAGCUCGACCAGGAUCGUCUGUCCAAAAUCGCCGACGUGCUCGACCAGGACUACUACGCCGGAGGGCACCAUAUUAUUCGACAGGGCGAAAAAGGCGAUGCCUUCUUCAUCAUCAAUUCCGGCCAAGUCAAGGUGACGCAACAUAUCGAAGGCGAGGCCGAGCCCCGCCAAAUUCGGGUUCUCAAUCAGGGAGACUUCUUCGGCGAGCGUGCCUUGCUGGGAGAUGAGAUUCGCACGGCCAACGUGAUUGCCAUGUCCCCGGGCGUAGAAGUGCUGACGCUGGACCGGGAAGCCUUCGGCAAACUCAUCGGCGACAUCGAUGCCGUCAAGAAGGACUAUGGGGACAAGGAACGCCUCGCCCAAGUCACCCCACAAGAACCACCAAGCCCCACGAAGACAUCGGCAGAACGGGCGCUGAUCAACGAAGAGUUCGCGAAUGUCACCCUCAAGUCCCUGAAGCGCAUCGCCACCCUCGGUGUCGGGGGUUUCGGACGUGUCGAGCUGGUGUGUAUUAAUGGGGAUAAGACCCGCACCCAUGCCCUGAAGGCCCUCAAGAAGAAGCACAUCGUUGACACCAGGCAACAGGAACACAUCUUUGCCGAGAGGAACAUCAUGCAGGAGACGAACUCGGACUGGGUUGUCAAGCUGUUCAAGACGUUCCGCGACACGAAAUACGUCUACAUGCUGUUGGAGGUGUGCCUUGGCGGUGAGCUGUGGACGACGCUGCGAGAUCGCGGACAUUUUGACGACUACACGGCUAGAUUCUACGUGGCUUGCGUUUUGGAAGGUUUGGAAUACCUGCACCGCAAGAGCAUCGUCUACCGCGAUCUGAAGCCGGAAAACUGUUUGCUUACGAACAACGGAUACUUGAAACUGGUCGACUUCGGAUUUGCCAAGAAACUGGCGUCGGGGCGUAAGACGUGGACCUUCUGCGGUACACCCGAAUACGUCUCACCCGAAAUCAUCCUCAACAAGGGCCACGAUCAGGCUGCAGAUUACUGGGCUCUCGGAAUCUACAUUUGCGAGUUAAUGCUCGGCCGACCGCCAUUCCAAGCCUCGGAUCCGAUGAAGACCUACACGCUGAUCCUGAAAGGCGUCGACGCGCUCGAGAUUCCGAAUCGCCGCAUCGGGAAGACGGCCACCGCGCUCGUCAAGAAACUGUGCCGCGACAACCCGGCCGAACGUCUCGGAAGCGGAAGUGGUGGUGUCAACGACAUCCGGAAGCACCGAUGGUUUAUGGGCUUUGACUGGGAAGGCCUGCGCUCCCGCUCGCUCAAGGCACCCAUCGUUCCCAAGGUGAGCAACCCUGCUGACGUGACCAACUUUGACAACUACCCACCGGAUCAAGACGUGCCCCCAGAUGAGUUCUCCGGAUGGGACGAGGGCUUC